AUGGACACUCUAAGAAAGUUCUUACGGGUAAAAAGAAAAUCAGAGUAUUUAACGGACAGAGGGAAGAUAAAAAUAACGAAGAAAGACAAAAGGAAGAUCAACAAAUACAAAAGUAAUCUGGCUGUUGGACCAUUUAUUAAUGAAAGGCCAAAUUUAAGUGUAUUUGUGUGUGACACGAGGCAAGAGCCACUAAUGACAAAAGUAUCAGAGAAGGAGAAGCAGGAUAAUUUACGAAGAGUGAAAGAGUCUGAAAAAAUAUUCUUAGAAAAGCAGAAGAGAAAACAGGCAAAACGGGAGAACAGAGAGACUGUUGAGGAUGUAGAAGACUUAUGGGAGGGCAGGGAGAGUUCUUCUAUUACUACAGACAGAAAGCUUAGCAGAAAAACAGAAAGACCAAAGGACAGUGAUGUUUAUAAUAGCACAGACUUAAAUCUGCGCACAACGAGAGAUGGGAUAUGGAAGAAUGUACACUUCUAUAAAGAUUCAAUCAGAAGGCCAAGGGUGUACAGGUCUGAGCUGGAAAAUCUUUAUAAAAAGCUUGACCCAGUAAAGGUAAAAGUACCUUCUGAUACGGAAAUACCUGUUAAGUCAUACACAGACAUACAUUAUAAAGAGAAUAUAAGGGAUGUGAUUAGUAUGUCUAGUGGUAUAUACUAUAUUGUAAUACACAGUUCAUCUAUUUCUUUAUCUGAUGCAGAUGGGUACAUGCCAAUUAGGAAUAUUAUGUUUGUUAAAGGCACUGAAGAUGUUCUAAUUAGAUGUGCGUACUUGUCACCAAAUGAGAAGAAACUAGCUAUAAUUACGUUUGGUCAUGGGAUACUUAUAAUAGAUACAGACAGACUAAUCAAUGCAUCCGAAGAAACCGAGAGGAUAGAUGUGGACGUACAAAAUGAAUACUGUAGGAUAUUCCCAGACAAAACAUUUAGGAAAGGUGCCUGGCACGGCAAGAGUGGAUACUUUGCUGCAAUACUUCAUGGGAAGGUUGUUAUUAUAAAUACAAAACAGAAGAAAGCCGUGGUGUUCUAUAAAGGAACACAGAACAUUCAGCACGUAGAGUUCCAUCCAACUAAGAGUAUACUCAUUAUGAUGGCGCCAUCAUGCAUUCUGUUCUAUGGGCUUUCUACAAAGAGAAAAGACAGUAAAAAGACAAUUUAUCACAUAACAGCAGCAAAUACGCUGUGCAUGUCCAUGGGAACAGAAACAAUGUUUGUGGGCACUGCUACAUCACAGGUGCAAAUAUUCCGCCUAACAAAAGACUUUGACGCUAAUUUCAUUCGGGCAAUAUAUACGCAUGAUACGCCAAGAAAGAUAGUCCUCCACCAGAAGUACGGAUAUGCUGCAGUAUUUGAUAGGUCUCCAACUUUCUUGGUAUACGGUAAUGGACUAAACACAGACUUACCUCCAAAUGAAAGAGCAGGCGCAAUCCAUAAAUACGGAUCAGUCUACAGAUCAGGACUCUUCCAUAAAAAAUACCCAAGAGCAUUAUUUAGUCUUGCAAAUAGACUGAACCUCCUGUGCCCAGAUUAUUCCUGUGCUACUCAGUGAUUAUAUAAUAAAUAGAGA